AUGAAGCAAUCAAUUUGUGAUUGUCGAUUACCCUGUCCUGGCGUUCGAGGGAAGAAUCGAUCGCGCGUCUUUCACCGAAAGUAUUUUCUCUUAGAACCGGUGGCUAGCACGAAACCGAAGUUCCCGAUGACGGAGAACUCGCGUACGUACACGGUCCACUGCGACCAGCCGCUCACUUUGAUGUGUCCAGCUCAGGCGUUCCCCGUUCCAGCCUUCAGAUGUAUAUAUGCGGAUAUCGAUGCGCGGCUUAUCAAAGGAAUAACCUCUCUGCGUGAAGAAUCAUACGAAUUUUCUCGGGCUCAUCGACGUAUUCUUCGUCAAAUGUUUCUUGAGCCGGUCGCCAGCACUCGGCCAAAAUUCCCGUCGUUGGCGGAUUCACAGACGUUUAAAGUGACGCUCGGUGGUGCGAUGACGUUGCUGUGUCCUGCCCAAGGGUUUCCUGUUCCAUCGUACAGCACGCGUCCGCAAUUAUCUGGUCCAAGCGAUCUUCAACGAUUCAGUGUUUCUUCGUUAAAGAGCGUCACUCUUCUGUGCCCCGCUCAAGGAUUUCCAGUCCCCCUCUAUAGGUAG